AAGCAGUCGAAAAAAUCCCCUUAAGAAAUCUGCAGUUCCUGAUGAGAAAAUAUUACAGUUUUCAGGAUCCGGCCUCGUUUGGCACGGCUUGAUUAGUUUUUUUUUGUUCGAAACGUGAUUUUUUGGUUGCUGUUUGGAACAACUACUUUUGUAAAACUCCAAAUUCUUACCGAUUUCCAACGUUUUUUUUUUUGGAUUUGCUUAUCGGCUAAGCGCCUCCGUUCAGUUGGAUAUACCCCCACGUCCGCACGUCUGGUUGCACGUCUUCCAACUUCCGCAUUUCCGGCAUGAACCACAUUUCCUUCGUGAUUUCGGAAAGUCCCUCCAUCUUUACGGUUUUAAGUUUCUUACAGCUUCUUUUCUUCUCAGUUGCACCUCUUCCGCCCGUGGAUUGCUUCGACUAUCGCCGGCUCUAAGAUGGAAAAACAAAAAGAAUGUGGUCCACCUGCUGUUUGGGAUAUUGAAAGCAAGCUAAUCUUUUGUGAUAUCUGUAUAAGAGAAAUUAACUUGGGUAAUAGACAUACCACACAUUUCAAUAAGAUGGGUUGGAGGAAUAUCAUGAACAGUUUUAAUGAACAUACUGGAAGAACAUAUGAUUGUAUACAACUGAAGAAUAAGUGGGAUCAGUUGAAGCAGGAUUAUAUUUUGUGGAAAGAUUUGAUGCGUGGGGAGACUAGUUUUGCAUGGAAUCCAAUAAAGUGUACUAUAGAUGCUUCUGAUGAAUGGUGGAAUGAUAAAUUACAGGUCGAACCAGCAGCGAAGAAGUUUAGGUUCAACGGAAUAACGCCAGAGCUUCAACAAAAACUUGAUAUUAUGUUUAGUUGCAUUGUCGCAACUGGCGAUCAUGUCUGGGUUCCAAACUCCGGCAUAUUACCCCCUGAACUAACGUAUGACCCACGCAAUUCAUCAGAGGAAACUGACUUUCAAGAUGAUGACACACAGAUAGAAAUGUCUAUUGAAGAAGAUGCCACAUUUAAAACUUUUUCAGCAAAAUCUCUAAGUACAAGGCCAUUUGUAAAUAGAAGAAAGAGAGUCAAAACAGUUCGGUCAGGGGGAAGACAACUUUUUCUAAACCAUAUUGAGGAAUUAGUUAACGCUGCACGAUCAAUAAGUUCUGCCAUAGUUUCAUCGAUUGCGCAACGUAGAUCUGUUACAAUACUCGAUGCAUUGAAUGAAAUAAAUGCCAUACCAGAGAUAUAUGAUGAUUUGGAAUUCUAUUAUUUUGCAAUCAAUUUUUUGCAAGAUAAAAAUAGUAGGGAGAUUUUUAUGGCAAUUCCAAUGGAACGAAAAGUUUGGUGGCUUAGGCGACAAUUCAACAGAAGUUUUAAGUAGUUUUGUCUUAGAAACAUUUUAGUUCUUAACGUGUUCGUUGUUCUCAAUAUGUUAAAAAUUUAAGUUGUAGUUGUGAUAUAUGUUUUUAAUGUUAUGUUUCUACUUUGUA